AUGCUGACCAUCCCAGAACGCCACUACUCAUAUGAGUGUAAAGCCACUGCUCAAGAGCGUCCAUACGUGUCACGUCCAUCGCGAUCUCAGCAGUUCCGAAAUCCCAAACUGGUGCCUAAGCUCACAAAUGAGACAUUGAACCCUCUCGAGCAAAAGAAAGGUGUGGCGGAUGAAGAGCUGGCUAAAUUAGAAGCCGAACGCGCCCGCGAGCGCGAGCGAGAACAGAGAGACGAUGAGCUGAUUGAGCCAAACGCAAAACGUCGAGGUCGCCACGAAGUCGAAGCCCCUAUUCAGAGGGCUCACAGCGUGGCAGGCGAGUUGAUAGCCGCAGUCGCAGUCGCAGUCGCAGCCGCAGUCCUAGCCUGA